GUGAAAACGCGAAGUUUUUAAUUGGGGCCGCACGAGCGGCAAUUCAAUAUGGGCGGUAUGUUGUGGUUCCUACUCUGCCCUUACUUGUUGUUAACUUCUGGGUAUAUUCAGGAGUGUUUUUCUCAUACGGUAAUCACUAUUGAACAUGGGUCGUUCACGAACAUCACUGUCAAUGGGUUGGUGUAUGUCGAAGUUAUCAAAAUUCCGCCAUGGAGCAAAUUUGUUGUGUAUCAAGUACACAGCCCCUUCAACCCACUACUAGUGUCCACAUCAGCCUCGUUUACAUAUGACACUUCACAAUACUCGGCUCAUUGCGGCUUAGCUAGUUUUGUUGAAAACAAAACAUUGUCGACAUUCUACGUUUAUUCUACCUAUAGUGUUCCGCUAAUUGUGUGGGUUAAAGCUGUUGCAUAUGGAUCAGAAUUUCCAUUGCCAGGUGGUUGUGGUCGUAGUUCGCGUAGUGGUUUCAUGAAUGCAGCCAUCACUACAGAUAUAAUGACUAAAAAUAUAAAUCUUUCAAGCUCGAAACGCAUUGAGUUUUUAAGCUAUUGGACGUCUUCUCUCCAGCUCUCUGCAGCUUCGGCACCUGUCGGAUCAGGUGGUUUUGCGUGUUCUCACUGGAUUACCGAAAGUAAGCCAUCAGGGAGCCUAGUUUAUCACGUUUAUGGUACACCACUAAUAACUGCUGGUGGUUCUUAUGGAGCCUUCGUGAAUCCUAGUCCCAGUGAAGUUGCAUCAGUCUUAAAAAACAUGGCCAACUUUGGCCAUUCGUCAUUUGUUGGUACUUACAUACAGUCAUUUCACCAGAGUGAAUUCACACCAAAUGAUGAAUUUAUUAACAUAAUCGUCUCACGUCGUCCAGCUACAGCAUAUAUUAUCACUGUUGUUGUGGAGUAUUCAAUUUCUGGUGAUACAUGGCAAGUGCCUUAUAUUCCUGUCAUUCUUUUUGGUUGCCCUGCACAAAUUUCACCCAGUUUCUACCGUACUGUAUAUAACCAACCCACUUCAAAUGCUAGUUUGGAAGUCAACUGUGGUACUCUUCCUAAAGAUACACCAGUUAUCCUAUUUCCCGUUGCUGUCUUGCUUCUUGCAGGUUUUCUAUAUGCUACUUCAUGUAAUAUGUGGAUUUGGCCCCGCUGUGCAGUCAGUGCGAUGAUUAUGGGGUCUGUCAUUGGGCUGAUAUUUUUCUACAGAUUUUCAGACGAACCUAAUGAAACUUACCUUAUUUUAAUAGCGAGUGCUUUCUUGCCAGCUUUCUUCGCAUUGUUUGUGUUUGUAAUACUGUGGUGGCGUUACGUUCGUCCUACUUUGUACUACCAACGUAUGUUUGGACAAGGUCCACUGGUGAAGGUGGAAAAUUCUGCAACUGUUCUUGUUAACGAACCGUGGAAUUCAGAUGUGUUAGAUAACAGCUAUCAAAAUGUUGAUGCCCCUUUCGGAUCGUCGUCACAGACUGAACAUACACCAAUUAAUACUGUUAAUGUUUUGGCUCCAGUUAGUGAGGAGGAGUCCAGUAUUUCAGCAUUACAGCUGUGUAACGAUCUAGUGCAUCAACCUUCCCCAGCUCAUUCUAGUGCAUAUGUUUCAAAUGAACAGGGUGCUAGUGAUGAUAAUGAAGGUUACAAUUGUGUUCGAAUUUAUGGCAUUCAGCUGUGUCGAAGGUCCAGAAGUUCACAAAAAUCUUCAAAAACCUUGGCACGUCCACUUAAACCCUUCACCCUAAGACCUCGUCGCUUUGCUCGUUUACUUCCCGUUUUGCCGACUGUAUUUAUUCUAAUCGGUUAUCUCUCCAUCUCUCUUGAUCGUUCUCUAAAAUUGGACAAAUCUUCGGUUUCUUUUUUUGCGUUCUGUACAAUAAUGUCAGGAUUAUUGCUUGGCUUGCUGAGUAUAUUCAAAAAUUUUGCAUUCGGUAUUUCAACUGCUCUUCUUGGUUUUUACGUUACACUAUGCUGUGCAAGUUUUUUUCUCAUACCAAGCUGUUUAUUACCUCACAUUGUAAUUGAAUAUUUCUUGAUGUUAACCUGUUUUGAUAUAAGACUACGUACUCUACGCAUCCAAUUCUAUGGUCAAUAUGGUAAUUUUUAAAUAUUUAUUUUCAUACUUCCAUGUUCAUUUCUGUACAUUUUCUACUUUAAUCAGAUCAAGUUUGUUUAAGAUUAGUUUUGUUCUUUGAAGCGUAGUCUUUACACUGACGAAUUUUCAAAAUGAUAUGAAUUGUUAACUGAAGUUGCAUGAUUCUAUUGGUUUAUAGCCGUUUCCAUUGUAUCUUUUGCAUAAGUUUCUGUCCGUAAUUUUAAAAGGUUAGUUAAAUUUGCGGAAUAGAGUUUUUCUUUAUUUGGAUCCAUUUUUCAGCCUCAUAACUGAAACUUUUGUAUAUUUGGAUUGAUUUUAAUUAUAGUUGAUUAUUUAUUGUUUCUGCUGAAUAUAUGACCAUAUUUAUUUUUUGCAUAAAUGAGAAACUUUUUUUCUUGUCGUCAUUCUUAAAUAACUUUUAUGAGUAAUUCGUCCUAAAUAAUACUAGUUAGUGACCGCUCAUGAUGACAUCAUACCACAACUCAAACCAAUGUAGGUAAAGUAGUUUUUAUGUUAUCUAAAUGAUAGAUUAAUGGAUCUAUUCACCUCAGUUCCACGUAACCGGGAAUGUUCCUUAUUAUAAGUAUACUGUAAAAAUAUUAACAUAAGACUCACUACAUAGAUCGUUGGUGAUAUAAACUCUACAAAGGUCAAGUUUAUGUCGUGGACUGAGAAGUCUUUUGGAGUGUGAAUGAAUUUUAAAACUGGUUUACAAAUAACCUAUUUAUACAAUCAUUAUUUAGCCUCAAUAAUAGUAGUACUAAGGAUUAUACUGUUAUUAAUGAUGAUUAGUGUAAUAACGAUUAUUUCCUAAUUGUUUGUUAAAAAUUCAUAAAUUUUAUCUUCAGAUGUUAUUGUUGUCGUAAUAUGGUUUGUUAGCAGUAUAUGCUUCGGCUCACUAGCGUUGUGUUUGAUUCGUUUACAAGAUGCACGUGAAUUAUCUGAAGCUCAAAAUUACCAUACAUCAAACUCAAAACAUCCAUACACAAAUACUAAUGCACACACCCCUAGCAAUAGCCUUUCAUUAUUGGGAGAGAUUAGACCAAGUUCCCAAGCUUCAUGUUAUGUACCUCGAAUGUUUCCUGUCCCAAGUUUAUCAUCCAAUGCAAAUUCUGCAUCCAGUUUGUAUAAUUUGCUUUCAUCUCCCAAGGUAUACAAUAAAAUAGAUUCGGAAGGUUCCGUGAACUACCCUGUGCCCGUUGAUUAUUGUCGUCCAUCUAAUCCGUCUUCUUCAAGAGUUUCAACGGAAAAGCAACCAUUAUUACAGGGGUAAGUAAGCUAUUCUAAAUAGUUACUAAGGUUAGAUUAUUCUACUGGCACAAAUAUAGAGGAAAACCACUGAGGAUACAUCUUAAAUUUAGCGUAUGAGAAUAACGUUUUAAUGCUCUCAUGCUAUAACGGGAUCAUACUCCAUUUUUCUUAAAAAUAUGAUUAUACAUCUUCUAUCAUCUCGAGAUCAUGAUAUGUUAGAUUUUGAACUAUCAACUUAGAAAAAUUCAGUGAAUCAGUUCUAAACGUGUUUAUGAGAACAUUAAUUUAUCCAUUUUUAAAAAAUGGUGUUAUAUGGGAACAGGGAUGAAGAACUAAAUCAUUUCAAAACAUACAUUGUGCAAAAAUAUGUAUAUAAUGAUUUGUUAAAUUUUUCGGAAAAUCAUUUUUAAUUGGUUUAACAUUGAAAAACGUUACUGUAGAAAGUCAAGAAAUAAAUAAAUUUGACCAUGUAAGCUGCCAUAAUCUUGCAAUAUCGUUAUUUAUUUUAAUUUUUAAUUUUUACACAAAGUAUAUCUAUUGUGUAUAAGAUAAUUAUUUAUUUAUUCUCUAGUUGAAUCUUUUUUUAUAGGUCUUUUUACAAUAAGUAUGGUGGUCUAAUGGGUACGGGUACUGAUCAUCCUCCUUUAUUGCCCUUAAGUAGAGUUCAGCUGGCUGCUGCCUCACAGUCUUU